CACACACAAACACACACUCCUUCUCUUUCCUCACUUUCUCUCCUCUCUCUCUCUUAUCUUUUGUCUACAUUUUAACUUCUCAACUUUCUCUCUCUAUCUCGCUGUUAAAAACAAUUUUCUUUUCCCUUCUCUCUCUAGCGAAUUUCAGACCUAAAAAAUACUCCGUUUUUUUUCCUUCUAUCUCUCUUAAAACCGCCCAAGAAUCACUUGGAGAGAUUUUCCUUUUCCAGUUUUUUGUUCUAUCAGAUGAGGAUUAUUGCUCAGUGAGCCAAAAUCGGCGGAGAUUUUGAUCUGAUUUGCGCGAGAUUCGAAGAGAGAGAAAGAGUUUGUUUCAGAUAUAUUUAUAAAUGGACAAGAGAAUUGUUGUUGGGGAAGAAAGCCAUAAGAGAAAUGAAUCUUUGGCUUCGCUCGUUCAGAUUAACUCGAUUGCAAUCGACAUUAGUUGUGGUGUGGAGGAGGUUGACCCCCCCAAACACGAGCAUUUUACUAUACGCGGGUUUGUCUCUGAAAUGAGGAAAAAAGAUAGGAAAAUGUGUUAUCCGUUUGCUUCAGAAGGUCAAAAUAAUGAUGAUGGCGAUUUGAAUUUACCUCCAUUAUCUGUUCCCAAAUUCCGGUGGUGGCAAUGUGUUAAUUGUGUCCCCGAACUUGUGGAUCAGAAAAACACACUUGAUAUGGUAUUAGCAAAUACGAGUAAUGUUGCUGGUGAAAAUUGUUGUAUGAAUAGAAAUGAUUGUGAAGAAGAAGAAGGUUUGCUCACGCACAGCAUACAAAAUAUCGGUGAUGAGAAUAUAAUACCUUAUAAUAUGCGGUGCGCAGAUGGAUUUAAACCUGCGGCAAAUAUUAGGACUACUGAAGUUGGAACUUCACGGCCUCAUAUGACCGAAGCUAAUCCGGUCCAAAUCAUGGAGACACGCGAAGAAUCUUCUUCAGAUGCUUCAGAUAAAGUAAACUCAGAUGGGAAUAAUCCUUCAACCAAACCCAACGAGCCCGAAAAAGCAUCAUCUGGCAGUGACGAUGCUAUUGCCUAUAGCGCAUUACCUUACAAACGUAAACCGAAAUUGCGGUCUUUGGCUGAUAUAAUAAACAAGGAACGGAGUUUUCCGAUCGAACAACAUCCUCGAACGAAAUCUCUAUCAUCUUCUCAUACAGAAGAUGAUGAUUCGAAUUCUCAGCCUCUGUUAGAAGUCUCCUCGGAUGCUGCAAAAAAUACAAAAACGCCCCUGAGGAAAAGAAAGAACAUAGUUCUCGAGGAUGAAGGAGGAGGACCUUUUGAGACAAGCCCACCGAAUUUUAUGGCCAAGAAGUUGAAAAGCUCGAUUUUGGAGGCAGAGAACAAUAUUAGUAAUAAUGCAAGCAAGAGAGUUGAAGUUUCAGACACAGAUUCCGAAAGGGAUGAUGUAAGAAUCACAGCAAAGGCUCUGCCUAGCAAGAUACGGAAGCAAAAAGCUCUCGACAUAAAUAGAAAAACGAGACGGCCCAAUCUGGAGAACAGGACAGCUGUACAGAUGAUGAGUAAUUAUUCUUCUGCAAAUUAUGCAAAUCCGGUGACCAGUUUCGGUAAUUUUGGAAAUUAUUCGGGCCCGCUUUGCAAGAAACUGUUGUCUAGACAGGAAAUGGAUGGUUUUAAGGAUCUGUCAAUGUGUCUGAGUGAAAGCGGUUCGGGAGAUUGUGCUUUCAGGGAAAAAGUUGCACUGGACCUUUCUUUGAACAGCUAUAUGAGUUCCGAGAUGAAUUCUAAAAAACAAGAAUCAUCCGGAAAGUUUACUGGUAUUCCGGAUUUAAACGAGUCGUUUGUUGAUAAAACAAAUGUGAUGGAAGGGCAGCAGGUGCCGGAUUUUUCGGAGCUGAGGAGCUUUGCUUUACAUGAGAAUUUGUAUAUAUCUGGGCCAUCCAGUAAAAUUCCGACUCGAGAAGGCAAAAGUCCAUCAGGGGUCCUCGAACAACACCACCAAGCAGCCCGUAACAAAUUCGGGCCCUCUUCAGACGAUAUCCCUAUGGAAAUAGUCGAGCUCCUGGCCAAGAAUCAACAUGACAAAGCGCUCGACAAUUCAAGAAAAAAUUUCGGGCCCGAAAUCAUCAACAAUUCUUUCAGACGAGCCCACUAUGCCGAAAAUACCCCUGGCCCAUUCAAUUUCCCUCAUUAUGCCAACCCCCCAAGAACCGGUUUAAGUGUCACAAGUGGUAGCAAUAUGGGACACGGACAUGGAUUCUUAAAUUUCCCAAACACGAAAACUUGUCGUUUGGACAAGACCCAGUUCAGACACUGGAGCUCUGUACCUCUCUAUCCAGGCCCGAAACCGAGGGAAGGUGCGAAUGAUCUAUUAUGGCCUCCGAGGAGAAAAAACGUGACUUUCGAUCUAACCGGUAUCCAGAGCAAUCCUGUUCAGUCUAAUGGAUUGGAUGAUCAAAGCUAUCAGAGGAAAAAAGAUUUUAAUGAUGACAAAGAAGGGAAAAUUGGGCCGGGCCGUAUGCCUGUUGGGCCCAUGGAUGCGUAUUCGAACGAGACAAUCCCGGCCAUGCAACUGCUGUCCUUAAUGGACCAGGGGAUAGUCUCGGGCUCGGGUUUCAAACUCGGCCCGAGUAAUUUUCUUGAUAGACCAUUCUCUCCAUGCAACCAUCAUCCGAGGCUGAAUAAAAACGAUAGCCAAACCCAAAAAUUUGUGGGCUCUUCGCUAUUUGGGAAAAGUAGCAAUAUCAAUGAAUUUCCUGCCUUGCUCAACGGGGCUCGUUUUUCUGGCGAGAGCUCGAAGAAAUCUUCUUCACCACAAGUUCAAAUGCCACCACACAAGGGAAAUUCAAAAGCUCUAAACCUUGUGAGCCAGCAUUCGAGAAGUGAGCUUAUGCUGGAGGUUUGCACACUCAAUCGCAACCCGGCUGAUUUCAGCAUCCCUGAUGCGAAAAACGAGUUCAUGAUAAGCGCCAAGGAUUUGAAACCAAAGAAGAGGAAUUCGAGUUGGUCCAAGGAUAGAGCCCGCCCCGCGAAUAUGGAUGGCCCAAAGAGACAGAGGGCUAGAAAAGACUCGUCCAUAAAGAAAGCUUGAGAGAAUAACAGCUGAGAAGAUUAUGAUUAUCCCUUUCGAGCCUUAUGGAUCAAUUGUUUGUGUUCGAUCUUUGUUGGUUCGACUCCUAGUUUAACCUUUUUUUGUUAAGGUUUUGAGGUUUGAUGCUGAGACAGUUUAGUUUGUGGUGUUUGUUGUCUUUAUAUAUGGGAAUUUUAUUUAUUUUGUUUUUGUAGCUGAGGAUUUUUCUUCAGGAUUUGUUAAUAUGUGUACAAAAAACUCGGCUGGAUCUCUCAUUUGUGACUUGUAUUUCCAUAUAUGAUAAACUUUUACAGGGUUGG